AUGCUCACGGCUCAGCUCGUCACUACACAGCCACCACCCCCGCCGCCGCCACAACCACCGACGGCAGAGUACUCUUUCAACCCGCACAUCUCGUCUCCAACAGCGGUCCAGUUACGGCCUAGAUCUUCAGAUGUCGCAAACGCCGUCGUCAAGAGGACAAAGCAGCCACCGUUCAAGAUCCGACAAGCGACCCUCGCCGACGCCCCGGCCAUCGCCAAGCUGGGCGCGACCGUCUUCUCGACGACGUUUGGCUUUUCAAUUCCCACGGCGGAUCUGAAUGCGUAUCUGCACGAGGCGUACAGCGUGGGUGCCAUCGAAGACGACAUCCGCAGCUCGCAGACUCACAUCAUCGUCGCUUGCGCCGAGGACGAGGACGACAACGUCAACAACAACGACAACGACAGUGGUCGCGUCAUCGGGUUCGCACAGCUGACUGAAGGCACCACGGAGCCGUGCAUCGAGGACCUGGAGAAUAUCGUCGAGUUGCAGAGGUUGUACGUCGACGCGGACCAUCAUGGACUCGGCGUUGGGCGGGCCCUGGAGCGCGAGAUGGAGCACAUGGCGAGGCUGAUGGCGUACAGGAUCGUCUGGCUCGGUGUGUGGGAAGGGAACUUCAAGGCGCAGAAGGUGUACGAGACGCUCGGGUUCACGAGGGUCGGCGAGCACGAGUUCAAGAUGGGGAAAUGUAUCCAAACGGAUUGGAUAAUGAUCAAGGACUUGUAG